UCAUUAGUGGACUGUCCACCAUGAUGGCGGCAGCAGCAGCGCGGCGCGGCCCCGCGGCUCCUCCCGGACACUCGGUGCUGGUGGUGGUCGGGUCCCCGGUCCCCGGCCUCCUGGAGCGGCUUCCGGGGCAGAUAGACUCCGGUGUUCGCUGCUGGCCUGUAAAUCUGGACGUUGGUGUUCUGGACCAGCAGCUGAAGCUCUUCGUGUCGAGACACUCGGCCUUCCUGUCAGAGGACGUCCCAGGACAGAGGACGCUGCAGCACCGCGGAGACGUUCUGGACACUCAGCUCGUUGUGAAUCCGGCUCAGGACUUCGUCUGCUCCGAGGUGCGGCGGCUCGUCUGUGAUCCGUCUCCUCACAAGCUUCUGGUUCUGGCCGGUCAGUGUGUGGAAGAGUCCGGAGACAUCGUGGUCCAGAGAGGCUGCUUCUCCCUCAGAGACCUGGUCCACAUCCUAGAGGAGGAGGAGGUUGGACAGAUGCUGAGCUCUAGAGACCCGCUGAUGAAGGCCAGCCUCACCAUCAGCUGUCCAGACGUUGGUCUUUGGAGGAACUCUGUGUUGGAGAAACACAACCUGCAGGACUACAUAAACAUCCAGAUCAAUCCUCCCCCCGUCCUCCCAGAGAUGGAGGGUCUGCAGGAGUUCACAGAGUACCUGUCCGAGUCGCUGGAGCCCGAGUCCCCCUUCGACCUCCUGGAGCCCCCGAGCACUGUGGGAUUCCUGAAGCUUUCUCGUCCCUGCUGCUACAUCUUCCCCGGAGGGAGGGGGGACUCUGCCUUCUUCGCCGUGAACGGGUUUAACGUCCUGGUGAACGGCGGCUCAGAUUCCCGCUCCUGCUUCUGGAAACUGGUUCGGCACCUGGACAGAAUCGACUCGGUGCUCCUGACUCACAUCGGUGUGGACAAUCUCCCCGGACUGAACAGUCUGCUGCUGAGGAAAGUAGCCGAGCAGGAGGAAGAGUCUGCUGGAUCUCAGACUGAGGAGGACUGGAUGAAGAACCUCAUCUCCCCUGAGAUCGGGGUGGUCUUCCUCAAUGUUCCCGACAGGUUGAAGUCCUUACAGGGAGACCCCGGUGAGCUGCGGAGUUGUGACCAGGUGGCGCUCACUCUGCAGAAUUUACAAAGACUUUCCAUCAAACCUGAACCUCUCAGCCGGUCUAGCGGACCCAGUAUAGAACCAGUUAUCUUGUUUCAAAAGAUGGGAGUGGGCCGUCUGGAGCUGUACCCUCUGAAUCCCGUCACUGGCAGCAAAAACCUUGAGGCUUUAAUGCAGACUUGGCCAAAUAAAGGAUCCGAUGCUAAGGGCUCAGAUCUUCCUCUACCAUGCCUUGUUUCCAUCUGUGCUCUCCUGGUCUGGCAUCCUUCCAGUCCUCAGGAGAGAAUCAUCCGUGUCCUCUUCCCAGGGUGCACGCCACAGACCAAAAUUCUGGACGGACUUGAAAAACUCAAACAUCUGGAAUUCCUCAAACAUCCGGUUGUGUGUUUGAAGGACCUCGAAACAUCCAAACCUGAGAAACAACCAAAACGAGCAGAGAGUCGGGAGAGCCUUAAGUCCCAGUCUAAGGACUUCAGACCAAGCAGUGCCUUGCAGAAAGACAAGCUCGCACGAGUGGAUGUCAAAAAACUGGAGGUGAAAACGAUGCCAAAGGCAGCAGGUGACUCCACGUCUAGAGAAAAGAAAGAUGGGGAAGAAAGGCCCAAACUCAAGGAUGCUGAUAAUAAAUCCAAGCCGCCGAAACCAACUGAAAAACUUGUUCCAAAGAAAGAUGUGUCAAAAGAAGAGAAGAAGGAAGUGAAAAAGAAGGAAGAGAAGGUCACUGCUGCUGUCAGGAAAGAAGAGAGUGGAGAGAAAAAGAAAGAAGCUGUAAAGAAAGAAACUCUAAGUACAAAAGCAAAGAAAGACAUCAAACCUGAACCAAAAAAAGACAACAAGAAGGAUGUGAAAACAGAGGAGAAGAAAACCUCCAGACCAGCUGUUAGAGAAGUAAAGAAAGCAACAAGUGGAGCAGCAAGUACAGAAGUAAAGAGAGCUUUUGGAAAGAGUGGGAGUCUAAAAAAGGAAGGGACUCUUCCAAAGACAAAAGGUAGACCAGGUUCAAAGGAGCAAGAAAACCAGAAGGAGGCAGAUCGCUCCAAGGUGUCUACACCGGAGGACAUGACGGCUGACUUUGAAAGACUUCGAUUGGAGGACAACAAUGGAAACAACUCAAAGGUCAUGAAUUCUGAUGAAGCAAAGCCCAAUGGGAACCAGACCUCCAUAGUAGAGAGUCCAGAGAAGUUUCGCUGUAUGGAGACGGACCAGGUCUCUAAUGCAAACACGGCCUCUAACUUUACAGGACAUGCCGCUUCCCAUCAUCCCCCUGAAGAGGAGAUUCUCGGUUUAGAUGAAGACGGCGUCCUCGGGACGAGAGGAUCCAGCCUGGGCUUUGAGGACAACAUGACCUCCGACCUGGAAAACUCCACGUGGUCUCAGGAUAAACAGUCCGGUCUCUUGACGCUCAGUCCUUUCAAAGACUCCUCCUCCACCGUGACCUCCAUGCCAGCCGAGGUGGGCUCUCCUCACUCUACAGAAGUGGAUGAAUCCCUGUCGGUUUCUUUGGAGCAGGCUUUGCCACCCACUGCAGCGCCACCCAAAGGCUUCAUGGGAGACGGAGUCCACUCUAACGGACAUGUUAGUGACUUGGCCUUACCUCUGGGAUCAAACCAUAACGGGCUCAGUGGAUCAGAGGAUCACAUCCACGGGAUGUCAGAGCUCAUCUCAGAUGUUCCACAUGAUGUCGAUCUCUGCUUAGUGUCGCCUUGUGAGUUCCAGCACCCAAAGACUCCAGAGAACCAUCAGCAGCAUGUGAGCCCCGGCCUCGCCACCGCCAACUCCCCUGACCCCUCUGACAACAACAACUGCUCACAAGAUCAAAGCAGCAGCGACUGCCCUUCAGCCUACAGUCAAGAAACUCCGCCCACAUCGGUUAGCGACUGCGUCCAGACCGCCACGGACUCCGACGUCCCGCCCUGCAUCGAGGAAAGUCCAUCCAUCACCGCCGAGAUGGACACUGAUGAUGAUUCUAGUAGCAUUUUCCCGCCCAGUCAUCCACAAGAUCAUCCCAGUCCUCACUACUCCCACAGGGGAGGGCAUGACCCCCCACCUGCCCCGGUCAAGGAUCUGCCCCCGUUACCCCCCCAGCCUGGAGCCUGCAUGGCCGACACAGAGGCCAGCAAGAACCUGAAGAGUUCAGCUGCCAAAACCAAGAGACCAACAGGGAAGACGCAGAAGGCCUCCUCUGGAAGCACCGCGGCCCCGAACGGGAAGUCCAAGGCCGGCAGCCCGAUGGGGUCCCUGAAAAUGACCUCCAGCCUCGACACCAAGCCGUCGUCCAGAAACUCACUGGGAGGCUCCAGAAUCGGUCCUGUGAAACCUUCAUCCUCAGCUUCCAAAGCUGCAGGUUCUUCAGGUUCCUCGGGUUCUGCGGUCUACGUGGACCUGGCCUACCUGCCGUCUGGCUGUGCCUCUUCCACCGUGGACCUGGACCUGUUCAGACGCCUUCGCUCCUCGUAUUACAUCAUCAGCGGAGACGAUCCAGUGAAGGAGGAGGCGAUGAGGAGCAUCCUGGACGCCCUGCUGGAGGGGAAGAGCAGCUGGCCGGAGGUCCAGGUGACUCUGAUCCCUACGUUUGAUUCGCUGGCGAUGCACGAGUGGUACCAGGAGACCCACGACCGGCAGAAGGAGCUGUCCAUCACCGUGCUGGGCAGCAACAGCACCGUGGCCAUGCAGGAGGAGACCUUUCCCGCCUGCAAGGUGGAGUUCUGAGCCGGAAGCCCCGCCCACUGAAUGCCCCGCCCACCUGACCUCUGCACCGGCAGAGACGGAGAGUAGACUUUGAUUGUUGCCAUAGUUACAUCCCGACAGACCAAUGAAAGGUUUCCUUAAUAGUCUGUCAGCUGAACCUGAAACUCCGCCCCCUUCGGUUGAGUCAUGUUACUGAGCGUGCUCAGUGACUCGCUCUUAGUCUGAAGGUCGAUGAAACAGGAAGUCGAGUUUCUGGUGUAUAAAAACAGAAACGGUCUCCUUUACAUUUCCUGCACCUGUGUGACAUCACUUCCUGUCACUUGCUCUCUGCUGGAUCAGGACCUUCUGCUCGCUUGCUAACUAGCAUUAGCACUUUAGCAUGAGUCCGGAUAUUAACACCAACGUCCUUGUUUCAUUUGAAUUCAGUUUUGAUUGUUAAGUGCCAUCCCCAGAGACGUGACAGCUGGGAGCUUAAUAACGAGCACAGAGCGUUAUCCAUAAAGCACAAAUAUAAACAGUGCACCGUUAGCCGUUAGCUCAGCGACGAUCCUCUAUAACUGAAUAAUGAUCUCAUUAAUAUUUAAUUAUGAGAAGAGAUCUUAAUCAAUACUUUUGUGAUCGUUAUCCUAUAAUUUCAUCUGGUAACUCCGAUCAAUAUGAGUCUCUCAUGUCUCAUAAUUAGUCCAACAAUCUUUAUAUCAUAAUUACAAUCUAAUUAUAAUAAUAUUUAUCUCUUAAUUAUGAAAACAUUUAACUCAUCUGCAUCAGAUUUGUAUGCCAUCUUUAUCUCUUCAUUACAUUUUCCACGUAAUAAAUUACUUUUAUCUCCAUAGUUAUGAAAUUUGAA